UAAGAGUUGAGAUGGUUGGUUGGGCAGGCUGGAGUAGUGGAUUUUAUUUCCAUUCUCCUAAAACUUCAAGUAAUUAGUAAUUUUUUUUUUUUUGAACGGCAUGUAAUUAGUAAUUAAUCAAGGAUUUUCACACAUGAGAAUAGGAAGCCUGAGUUUAAUGAAAUAUGAAUAAGAAAGAUAGAGAGUUGGGGGCAUUUGAAAUGGGACCUAAUUUAUCAGGUGAAGGAAGGUGGAUUAGUUGGCUGGGCCGCCGCCGAGUUGGCUUUUACGUCUUCAUGUGAUGGGGUUUGGGCCAGACACCUCAACUUAUCUGGAUUUGCUUGGUUCUGAUUAUUAUCCAGUUAUGAAUAACUGGAACACAAGUAUCGAUUGCUGUAAUUGGAAUGGAGUUACUUGCGACGACUCCACUGGUGACGUUAUCAGACUCGACCUCGGUUGUGGUAUGCUUCGAGGUACUGUCCACUCUAACACCUCCCUCUUUCACCUUUCUCGCCUUCAAGGACUCGACCUGGGCUUCAAUGAUAUUAAGCUUGAACCUCGUGCUUUCACCAAUAUGCUUCAAAACUAUAGUAAUUUGGAAGACCUUUGGCUUACUAACAUUAAUAUAGGUUUGGCUUUACCCACUUAUACGAACUUCUCUUCUUCUCUAAAGCAACUCGAUCUUAGCUCCACCGGCCUGCACGGGAAAUUGCCUGUUAACUUAUUCGAUUUUCUAAAUGUCGAAGAACUUAUCUUGUCAAUGAAUAAUAAUCUCACUGGUCCAUUGCCUAAAGUUAAUACUAGCACUAGCAACCCGCUGGUGUCGUUAGAUCUCUCAUCUACAAGUUUAUCAGGAAAGAUACCGGAGUCAAUUGGCUAUCUCAAUUCUCUGAUGUACUUAGAUUUAUCAGAUUGUGGUUUGACCGGGUCCCUUCCCAAAUCCUUAGUUAACCUUAGGAACCUUAGUUUUCUAUAUCUAUCAUCUAACAUGCUUUCUGGAACGUUGCCUUCUUCGUUGUUUACUCUUCCUUCUUUGAAAUAUAUUAGGCUACGGAAUAAUAUGUUCAUAGGAAAUAUACCGGUCGAGUUGUUUUCCCUUCAAUCUAUAAAAGGAUUAUCUCUUGGCAAUAAUCAAUUAUCUGGCCAGACCGAUGUGCUUGGUCAUCGCCCCAUUUCCCAAACAUUUCGCCAACUAACCAACCUAACUUAUAUAGACCUUUCAUCUAAUCAUUUUAGAGGUGACUGGGAUCUGGAUAUAUUGUUAUCAAGUCUCACAAACCUUGAAGAACUCCAUCUCUCACUCAGCGGUUUAUCUGUAUCAAGCAAUAAUGCUAAACACUAUGUCAACCCUAAAUUUAAGCUCUUAAGUUUGUCAUCUUGCAAGCUAAAUGUAUUUCCGGAAUCCUUACAGGCCAUGAAAAAUCUUAAAACCUUGGAUUUAUCUAAUAAUGACAUACAUGGUCAUAUUCCCGAGUGGAUAGGGGAGAUGGGAGGAAAUAGUUUGUUAAUUUUGGAUCUCUCAAAUAACUCCAUUAGUGGCACCAUUCCAAAUGUAUUCAACAAUUAUGCAAAACUGGAGGGGUUUAUAGUGAACGAAAAUCAAUUAGAAGGAGAGGUGCCCUCUUCUUUGUCCAAUUGUCAAAAGCUGAGGAUAAUUGAUUUGGGAAAAAACCACUUAAAUGACACGUUCCCUGGUUGGUUAGGAAGUCUUCCAGAUUUGCAGGCUCUUGUCCUUGAUUCAAAUAGUUUCCAUGGUCGUAUUGCAACCUUUUUUACUAUUGAAUUCCCAUUUCCAAGUUUGCGAGUUCUGGUUUUAUCUCAUAAUGAGUUUGAAGGUGAACUCCCUCUUGAAUAUCUUCAAAGUUUUAAUGCCAUGAAGAAUGUGGUUAAAAAUAACACAAAACCAGAAUACUUGUUAGUCGGUCGUGUGUAUUACUCUAUCGUUAUUGCGAUGAAAGGGGUGGAACAAGAUUUUCCAUACCUAUUGGUUGAGUAUACAAUUAUUGAUCUAUCAAACAACAAUUUUGAAAGUGAGAUUCCAGACAUCAUUGGAAAUCUGAACUCAUUAAAAGUGCUCAACUUAUCCCACAAUAGCCUCACAGGUCAAAUCCCACGUGCUCUUGGAAAAUUGUCAGAAAUUGAAUCAUUAGACUUAUCUUGGAACCAACUCACUGGAGAGAUACCCCAAAGCCUUGCAGACUUGACAUUUCUUAGCUCCUUAAACCUCUCGCAAAACCUUCUUAUGGGACGUAUUCCGCAAGGAAAUCAGUUCAGCACAUUUCAAGGUGACUCGUUUGGAGGCAAUCCAAAACUCUGUGGUCCCCCGUUGCCCAGCAAGUGUGAGGUUCCACGCCAACCACAAGUUGAAGGGGAUGGCGAUGAUGUAGACCAGGAUGGUGGACUUCCAUGGAAAGUGGUGAUGUUGGGAUAUGGAUGUGGAACCUUAGUUGGAUUAGUCCUGGGAUAUCUCAUGUUGUCAACUGGAAGACCAAGGUGGUUCAAUGCAAUUGCUGAUGCAACAUCGCAUAUGAUCUUGCGAUGUAAACCAAGAGAAGAUAGUGAAUGAAAUUACUUUAUAAAUGGUACGUUUUUAACGUUUCCCUUUCCCCUAAAUUGUGCAAAACACGUACCGUACUCUGUUUUUUUUCGAACGACGUUCUAGUGCAGGUAAGAAGUUUCCGUUUACUACUGGAUCAUUUGAACCAUGCAGUUGUAGAGCAGCUUCUCAUAGGGAUAACAAAGAAGGAUGCCAGCUUUAUAUUGGGAACGUAGCGUAGAAAAGGAUUCUUGAAUAAUCAUGUUUUGUUCUUAGUUUUUUCGGAUUAUUAUUGCAUAUCAAUUAAAUAGGUUGUUAGUGUUUGAUACUUUAAUUUACAUGGUAUGUGGAUGAAUAAUGUGGUAAUGAUGUUAAUGGUAAUCUGGUACGUUUUUGUUA